GGUGGGGACGACCUCCCCAUGAGAAUAUGCCUCUUGCAAAGAAUCUCCCUCAUCCCUCUCCAGAAGAGCAGAAGAGGAAACACAUAAAGAAGCACCUGGUGCAGAGCCCCAAUUCCUUCCUCAUGGAUGUGAAAUGCCCAGGAUGCUAUAAAAUCACCAUGGCCUUGAGCCAGGCACAAACAGUAGUUUUGUGUGUUGAUUACUCCAUUGUCCUCUGCAAGCCUACAGGAGGAAACACAAAGCUUACAGAAGGAUGUUCCUUCAGAAGGAAUCGGCACUAUAUGCUAUCCCAAUAA